AUGAGUACUAGAAGGGAGAAGAAGAGUUUGUCGCGUACUUUGCGCAGAUGGGCUGUUGCUUUGAGGAAAGCUACCCAUGGAGCUUUGAACCACAUGGAUGAGGGAAGUCAUGGCGAUGACCGUAUCAACACUUUGUUCCACGGUGAGGCUGGGAAACUUACCGAAGCGGCCGGGAUGGAUAGAGAUAGUGGUGCUUCGUCAACGCCCGUUUGCAUGUCAGAGAUGAGAUUGACCACAGAGACAGAGGAAUCUGAACAUAGUACUCAGAAUGACCGUUCGUCCAGAGAUGGAGAGGAUGCUGAUGGAGAGGAAGAGAUUGAGGAUGAUGAGAUAUCGGAGUCUUUCCUGAGAUUUGAUGCUGUCGCAGAAUGUGAAAGGCUGCGAAUACAGUCGCCUGGACCUUUUUGCAAAGGCUACGACAUUUGGGAUCAUAGAAGAGCUCUAUGGUUAAAACCCACAGUAAGUCGUACCAAGAUUCAAGAGAGCGAAGGGAGGAGGGAAGUUUUCGCAAAGAUACCGCAAAACUAUUACACUAGAAUUUACAAAAGGUUAGUGAUGGAUAAUAAACCGCUACGAGAACCUAUGAAUCUACAGGAUGCUAUACAAAUUAUAAACGCAGGAUGGAUAGAGACAAGAAAAUGGGAAGACGCCGCUAACGGAUUAGCAUAA